AAAAAACACAGACUUGUUUUUAAAAAGCAACAAAUAUGGCGCGUGACGAAACUGAAAUAUUUGAUACAUGGACUUGCGAAGCAUAUGCAUAUGAAAUAUGCAAUCUAUUUCUAAAAAAACCCUGCAGAUCAUGCCUCAUAACAAAAAUUUCAAUUUGGUCACUGUUGCGCUUUGAAGAAAAAGAUGAUCGCAUGCGGUGUUGGGCUACGUUGUGCAGUCUUGUUAUCUUCAGUUUUGACAAGAAAGAUGUCAAUAGACACCUUCAACUUUUGGACCAAAUACCACUGAUGGCAAACACACUAAACUUAGAAAACGACGACCUUCAAACAGUAAUAAAAUUCCUUAACACAAUGAUUACAUUGAUUCAUUAUGAAAACCAGAAUAUUCGUAAAGCUCGCCAAUUUAUGCAACGCAAUAAAGUGCUUUACGAAGACAAAAUUGAUUACCUUCUAAAUAUCAAAACAAAUGCUACAUAUCCUGAAGAACUGCAACUUGAAAAUAUUCAAUCAAAGAUGUUUCCAUUCAUACACAGUGCUCUAAAGAAGCUAGGAAAACCGCGAGCAUAUGAAAUUAUAUCAAAGUUGAUGGAUCCUGCAAAAAUACGUUAUGAAAAAACUAAUAAAGUAGGUGGGAAAUCACAAAAUGAUCAGAGCCAAUUACAAGACGAUCAGAGCCAAUCACAAGACGAUCAUAGCCAUUCACAAGGCGAUCAGAGCCAAACACAAGACGAUCAGAGCCAAUCACAAGACGAUCAAAGUCAAACACAAGACGAUCAGAACCAAUCACAAAGUAUUUCGACCAGUCAAGGUGAUGGAAGAUCACAAGAUAGCCAGGGUGAAGAGCAAUCUCAAAGUAUUCUUCCUGAUAAACGUUGCAACAAUGCAAAUGUUGAACACGAUCCCAUGGAACAGGUUUAUCCUUGCAAAGUUGUGCUUAAAAGAACCAACCCUGGUCUAGUGAAUAAACGCAGUUGGCGUACAAACGAGGUUGUGCCUCAAAGUAGCGAGGAGGAAGAUGGUGCUUGUGCACUCCCCCACAGUUCGGGUGUAAUUAAAGACAUCAAUGAUGGUAUGCUAAAAAUAACUCCAACAAGGAUGGAAACAAGAGGAGGGAAACACUCGAUAACCUACCCAGUGAAAAGAAAAAGUUUCUCGAAGAGCAAAAGAGCGAAAUCGGCGAGUAUAUUGGAGUUAACUGCAGAUGACGGAAGUCCUGAGGAUUUGAAUGCGAGAAAAUGUGUACCAGAGAAAAGCGUCGUUGAAGAGGAGAAAACGCAAAGUAAUGACGUUCUAAAUUCACCAGCAGGUAAACGGAAAAAAGUAGUUGAUAAGGACAAUACAAAGAAUGGGAAUAUCCAUGUAGGAGAGCGAGAAGAACGGGAAGAAACUAAUGUCCGUGGAGGAGAGCGAAAAGAGCAACCCCAAAAACUUGUCAGAGUUGGAUCAGAUGGAAGCAAAGAUGACGAUUUGACAAUAUCUUGGAAUUCCGAUAAUGAAGACGAACCGCAGUAUCGUCGCAAGAGAGUUGCUUUUACAGACGAAGAAGAGCGAUUCUUAAUUGAGGGCAUUUCUCAUAUUGGAGUUGGAAAAUGGGCGGCUAUUUUGAGACGUUAUAAGUUUCAUCAAUGUCGAACGUCAGUAUCGUUGAAGGAUAAGUAUCGCACUAUGAAAAAACAAGGAUAUUUUUAGUCUUUGUCGAUCUUUCUUUUUUACUUUAUAUUUAUGUACAUACUUUUUGUGGCGCCAUGCAAUGUUGCACGCGGUUAACUUUUUAUUUAUUUUUGAUAAAACAAGUCCCAGCAUUCCUCUGCCUUGAUCAAACCUUCCUAAAUCUUAUUACGUUAAAACUCGCAUUAUCAUAUUUGAUCUAUGUAACGCCCUCUUCCUUUUAAACUCCCGCUCCUUUUAAACGUCUCUUUGACACAACAAAAUACACGGUUUGUAAUUUACAAGGUAUCGUGUGCACUAAUGGAAAGCAAGGUGAUAAUAACAUUUCUUCAGGAACACAAAAUCAUAUAAACCCAACAGAGAAUAGCUGAAAUGUAGGAAGAAUUUUUUCACUAACGCCCCUUUUUAAUUAAUUUCUUUUUUAAAUUACCGCCCACCAUGAAAGCCUGGGGUGUUAGAUAGAUCAACUAUGUUUUGUGUGAAAUGUUUAUUCUUUCAAGAGUGUAGUUUGCGUUUGGCAUGACAGCCAUUCAUUGGUUGACAGGCAUUCAUUGGUUGGCAGUCAUUCAUUGGUUGGCAGCCAUUCAUUGGUUGACAGUCAUUCAUUGGUUAACAGCCAUUCAUUGGUUGACAGCCAUUCAUUGGUUGACAGCCAUUCAUUGGUUGGCAGCCAUUCAUUGGUUGACAGCCAUUCAUUGGUUGACAGCCAUUCAUUGCUUGACAGCCAUUCAUUGCUUGACAGCCAUUCAUUCCUUGACAGCCAUUCAUUGGUUAACAGCCAUUCAUUGGCAUGACAGCCAUUCACUGAUUGACAAAAUAUUGCUCAUUUAGCAUGCAGUACAAAUGUAAUUGUUUUGUUUUUUUUUGUUUCAAAGAUUUAUUUCUUUAUUUUAAACAGUGAGAAUGUUUUACAAAGUCGAGUUAUUACAGUGGCAAUAGGAUUGAGUGUUGUAACGUCAUCAAACACAGGAUGAUUGAAAGUCUGUUCUGUAAAAUAUCAACUUUAUCUCUAAAUUAUAUUAUGCAUCUCGUCCUAAUUUUACCUUGCUAGUUUCAUUACUAUUAAAUUUUUAUCAACUGAAUUAUUUUUAAUGAAAAAGUUAACAUAGAACAAGAUAACAAAAAAUAUUUA